CGCCACUGCUUCUCGCCCCGACGGGACACUGGCACGCUCUCCGCCGCUGACCUGCCCGUCUCAGCCGUCCCGGAGCCGGAGCCGGAGCCGGAGCCGGAGCCGCCGCCCCGAGAGGCCAAUGAGAACGCCGCCGCCUCCACCCACCACGUCGCCCCUAUUCUUGUCCCUCCUAGUGCUGAGCGCAGUGUGCCAUCAUGUUGCUUCAUCGGAUGCCAAUGAUACCUACCCUGAGAAAAAUGACUUGUUUUCUGGGGACCAUAGCACAGAUGGGUUCCUGCUAUCUUCAGUGACUGAAGUAUUCUCAGGAAGUGAAAUAUCCUCAGAGACUGAAUAUGACUAUUCUGAAGAGUAUGAGGAAGACCCACAGCUGUCUGGAUAUAUCAUAGAUGAUUCAAUCAAAGUUGGACGUUUGGUUAACCCCAAGAAAAAUAGAACAGAAAGUGAAAAAAACCCCAAGACCCGAAGAAAGAAAAAUAAAGGCAGAAAGAGAAAACACAAAAAGAUGGCUAAUCCAUGUGAUGAAAAAUACAAAAAUUAUUGCAUUCAUGGAGAAUGCAAAUACCUAGAAAGCCUAGAAGUAGUGACCUGCAACUGUCAUCCGGAUUUCUUUGGUGAAAGGUGUGGGGAGCAGUUAAUGAAGACCCAUAGCAUGGGAGACGGAAGUCAUCCCAUCACAGUGCUGGCUGUUGUGACUGGUUUUCUUUCUCUUCUUUGCUUCUCAGCGAUUGUCGUCAUUACCAUCCAGCUUCGGAAAGUACAUUCCAAUGUUCAUGACCAGGAAGCUGAAGAAAGAAAGCAACUCAAGCAAGAAAAUGGAAAUGAGCCUAUUAGCGUAUAGCUGAAAGUGGCUUACAGGUUAUCCAGUUGAAGAUGAAGAAGUAACUGCCAUAUCACAACCACAAAUGCAAGACUUUUUCUUCUUGUGAGUCAUCAGAAAAUUGGUUAUUUUUCUGAUGUUUUUUAACUUUCAAAUGUCAACUUUUAUGCUGAAAGUCUUAUUAUUUCUGUACAUACAGAAGCAUGGGAAUAUAAAGUAAUAUGUUUCCACUUGUAAA